AUGUUCAAUUUUAAAAAACCUGGAAGAAAGAAAGGAGGAAAAAAUCCUAAUGCCGGAAGAAAACCCAAAAACUCGCAAUCUUUACCUCAAGGGCAAUCUGUGCUUUGUUUCGCACAAGAUUUCACUGAUUCAGCAACAAGUGAUUUCAGGGACGACACCAGCAACAGCAACGACGAACGCACGUCUGCCGAGCUACCUAGAACGCCUUUGGAAGAACCAGCUGAAGUCGAAGAAUUAGCAAGUAUUCGUGGGCUACUAGAAGUUGACUCGAAUACAAGCAACAACAUCGACACUACUGGAGAUGAUGAUGAUGAUGAGACUGAAGAGGCAGAUACACCGAUUCCAGAGAAAGACGAACGUGAAGGCGAAGAUCAAGACAGUAUACUUGAAAAGUAUUUUUUUGGCCUUUAA